AUGAUGAUGAAUGGGGACGAGGCGAGGAAAUUCGGUGAGAAGUCGCUGGCAGAUGUUCAAGUGACGGAUUUGAACUCGGUACUCAAAUCCCUCCGUCUAAUACAUCUAAGCACCACCAACCAAAGUACCUACUUCACCAUUCCCCCCCUCGACUCUCUCCUCCUCCCUUCCUCAACACACCCCCCAAUCCUCUCCCUCGUCUCCCCGCCCUCCGCCCACCAACCCUCCGGCUCCGGAAAAACCUCUUUAGUAACCCUCAUCAUCGCAACCGCCCUCUCCACCACCACCUCAAACGCGAUAAUCCUCAUCGACCCCCUCCACCACUUCAGCAUCCCCCUCCUAUCCUCAACUCUCCUCCGCAUCUUCUCCUCCACCAGCACCCACCCACCUCCCUCCCCCUCCGCUGUAAAAGAAAAAGUCCGCAACGCACUACACCACCUCCACAUCCUGCACCCCACAACCUUCCCCACCCUAAUCUCAACCCUCCGCUCCCUCCCUCCCUACCUCUUCACCCCCACCGCACACCCCAGCACGCACCGCACCAUCCACUCCCUCAUCCUCGAAGACACAGACGCCUUCCUCCCUACCCUACCCAGCACUUCCACCCCCGCAUCCGCAUCCGCAACUCUGUCGUUCCACCUCCUCAACCUCUCAAACAUGCUCUCCUGCGCGAUAAUAACGACAAGUCGCGCCAAGAGCGCGAGGUACCUCCGUCCUGCGAUGCCCAUGUGGGAUAGGGACGUGCGCGAGACGCGGGUUGCGCUGAGGAAAGUUGAGGCGACAAAGUUUGGCGCGGGCUUGAGUCUUGACGAGGUGGAAAGGGAGACGGCGGAGAGCUGGGCGGUCGUUAGGGAGGGCUGCUGUGAGGCGUCGAGGGUUAGUGGUGCUGGUGUGCAGCAAGCGAGUACUGGACCGCCUUUCUUAAUCAACAUUGGCGUCAACGGUGUCGAAAUCAAGGACAAGGAGAAGAACAAGUGAAAAGGAGAGAAGA